CUAAGUAUGGCUAGGGUAUUAUAUACAUAAGGCCAAAAAAAUAAAAGUAGGUGUAUUUUAAUGGCUCUCUUCAACCCAUACCCCAAGUCAUGGCAAUUCAACCAGUCUUGCAUUAUUACCUCGAAAAUGAUCAUAUGCCAUUUUGGUAAUGUAAAGCUUGUUCGUGGAGUGAAUUCAGGCCAUGAAUUUCGCAAACUUAUCUUUCAAACAACCUCUGCUAGCAGAAGACUUGCUCACAUUUCACAAGACAAGCGGCCAUUAGUAACAUUCCAGUUUGAAGAAUACUUGGUGAUGAAGGGAAAACAAGUUAACAACUCACUUGAUGAGGCAGUACCUUUACGACACCCGAUAAAGAUUCAUGAGGCAAUGAGGUACUCUCUUAUUGCUGGCGGCAAGCGUGUCCGUCCUAUUCUUUGUAUUGCUUCAUGUGAAUUAGUAGGAGGAGAUAAGUCCUUGGCGAUGCCAAUGGCCUGCGCUCUUGAGAUGAUACAUACUGCAUCUUUGAUCCAUGAUGACCUUCCAUGCAUGGACAACGAUGAUCUCAGACGAGGCAAGCCUACAAACCACAAAGUUUUCGGUGAAGCAACUGCAGUUCUUAUUGGUGAUGCUCUUAUCUCCCUUGCCUUUGAGCAUAUUGCUUCCAAUACAAGAAAUAUUUCACCUGACCGAGUGGUUCGUGCUCUUGCUGAGCUAAGCACAGCGAUAGGGUCCCAAGGGCUUGUGGCAGGUCAAAUGAUGGAUCUUGAGAGUGAGGGAAAAGAGGUGAGUUUGACUGAAUUAGAGUACAUUCAUGUGCAUAAAACCGCCAAGCUUUUAGAGGCAUGUCUAGUUUGUGGUGCCAUAAUGGGAGGUGGAAAUACUACUGAUAUUGAAAAGGUUAGGAAGUAUGCAAGGUGCAUAGGGUUGUUGUUUCAGGUUGUGGAUGAUAUCCUAGACGUGACUAAGUCCUCUGAGGAGCUUGGGAAGACUGCAGGGAAGGAUUUGGUUAGUAAUAAGGGAACAUAUCCCAAGCUGAUGGGCAUCGACAAGGCCAAGAAGUUUGCCUCUGAGUUGAUGAUACAAGCUGUUGGAGAGCUUGCCUACUUUGAUGCUACCAGAGCAGCUCCAUUGUAUCAUGUAGCAAACUAUAUUGCUAAUCGAGAAAAUUAGGGAAGAAAAUUUAGCUGUAUUAAUCCUUUUUAUUUGUUGGAAAAUAAAAAAGUUAUGUAGCACAAGUUGUCACGA